AGUGGAUGAAAAAGCUGAGAAGAGAGGUGAUUUGUAGACUAUUAUUAUGCCUACAACUGGGGUAUGGUCAGACUGCCACGACCAUGGAUUCUAGCAACUCACUGCUCCGUUUGUCCGUUUCUGUUUUUCUGCUUCUUUCCCUCAAUCUUCUUUGUCGUCUUCUUCCUCCUUUCACGGAAGCAUUGCUUUUCUUUGAUACUGGAAUCUAUGGCCUUUCAAAACCCGCCUUGCCAUUCAGCAUUUAUGGGUCUUGCGCUGUUCAUUUCCUUGUCCUCUGAAUUCGUCACCCUUUUCCUUUCUAUUAGUUUUUCUCCCCACAAUCAUCUUCCUGUACAAUGUCUUGUGUAUCGCUGACUGCCGUGGCCGAUCAACGGUUCUUCAGUUGUAGAAUUUGGGAUGACAAAGGGAAGAACAAUGGAUUUACUAAGAACCCUGUACGAAUCCACAGAAAGAGGAAGUUUAACUUCUUGCCCCUGUCUAGUUCUGAUCUAGCAAUGACGGCAAGCUCAUCUUUUCCCAAAUUUUACAACGAGGUUCUUAAGGAUGCAAGGGAAAAAUUUACUCGGGAGAUAUCCUUCCCGUCCAAGGACAAGAAUAUCUCUCUUGCGAAGGCUCUUCUGUACGUUGCUGCUGAAGAUGAGGCCUUUAUGGCUGCCAAUCGAGAGGUGGAUGGUCGUUCUCUCCAAAGUGAAUGGAAAGAUGCUUCAGUCUCUUCUGAUGCCCUAGAAUGGGAAUCCUUGGAGGAGAUGCCUUUGGCUGGAAAGAAUAUCAACGAGUGGCUGAUUGAACUGGAUGCCAUUGCCGAAGAAAUCAAGGCAGAGUUGGUUCCACGAGAUGUCGGUUGCCAUUUGGCUGAAGUUUUGGAGGCUGUGAACCUAGUUCUUUUCAAGUCAAGAGGUCUCAAAAGGUCAUCUGCACUAGCGGAUCCUAAGUAUUCAUACUUGCACUCAAUUCUGAGAUCUGGGUGUUGCAGCGCGAUUUUGCUUAGCAUAAUUUAUAUUGAGGUUUGUCGAAGACUUAAUCUGACUGUUGUGGGAUCUCGAGUUGGGGAAGAGUUCUUGAUUUGGCCCCAAAUAGAGAACCCUGAGGAGCUCUUCAAGGUAACUUCAGGACACAACUUGUUCGGAGUUUUUAAUGGGAAUUGUGUGGACAACCCAAAAUCAAUGGCCUCAGAUCUAGGAAGCAGUUCACUAUCUGGACUUGACAUCGCAACUAGCCGAGGCAUUAUUGGGAUUGUUCUGGCAAAUUUGAUUAGGCUUCAUUGGAAACGGGCUUCAAGAAUGAACUAUGGGUUAAUGCUGACUUAUCCACUUAGGCCUAUUCGUGCACAUGAUGCCAACGACAAAUUUAGCAAGAUAGAAAGAUCAAAUAAUCUUUUGGUGCGGCCUCAAGAUCUGAGGCUGGCUAUCAUGGCCUCAGAAAGGUUGUUGAUUCUGCAGCCACAUAAUUGGGCUUUGAGGAGGGACCAUGGCAUGAUGCUAUACUAUAAUAGGGAGUACAAGGAGGCAGUCCAAGAGCUGAGCAUUUGCAUGGCCUUUGCCCCUGAAGCAGAGGCAGGGGUCCUGGAACUAUUCGUCAAGAAACUGCAUUUACUGCAGCUGGAGUCGUCCUGGAAAUCUCUGGGGCAUAAAGGGCCCUUAGGUGUGGCUUGAAUCGUUCGGAUGCUGUUCAUAUAGAUAUCCAGGCAGUGUACAUAUAUAUGUUGUUAGAGCUUGUACUUGUACGUGCUCUUGUUUAACCUUGUUGGAUGGCAUCAUGGCUUUGAUUGGCUUCAAUGAAGAUCAUUAUAUAUGCUUCUCAUUUCAUGACAA